AUGCUGGAACAAAUAUCAACACGUAGUCGACGGAAUUCGACUGUUUCUACCUUAUGUGAUCAAACACAGUCGCAGCAAGCACAAACGGCGGUCUUCCCAGACACGAUAUCAUCGACAGUAUCAUAUAAUUUAUUCACUACCAUGGAUAUUCAACGAAGCUUUUCAUUUCCAACUAUUGAUCAACAUCAAUAUUCAAAUGUAGACGACGAACAGAAUCAAUUCAUUUCGGAAGAAAACGAAGGCGAUAUUACGACAGUUCUUACCUGUGCCAGAAUCUGA